GCAUGGGAAACUGUUCAAGACCUUGAAGGCCGUUAUAUGGAGGAGAGAAUCAACAAGAGCAAGGACAUGACGGAGAUAGACGUUCCCAACACUGUUCAGGUCAUCUACGACUACAAAAACAAUAUAGUCGUAUUCAGAUACACACACUCAGAGACGAGAAUUCGAAGUCCGUGCUACGUACGUGAGAUUGACUCUGAAUAUGAUCCCAAGCAACUUGAAUACGAUAUUCAAUCAGAGUGGCAAAAGCCUAAUGAGUUUAGCAGUACUACUCGAAAAUGGAAGUUCACAGAGAGGGAAGUGCCGUCAUAUAUGACGUCAUCAUCACGUGUUCAAGACAUGUGCAGCGGCACACAAAUCUAUUGGAUGGAAGUGACGGCCGAUACGCACAUAGAAAAACGUCAGAUCACUGGAACCUCUCGAGAGCUCAUACUCAUAAUUCCUAUAACCAUAUUUGGCAACCCCUGCAACAUAUUCGUGUACUUAGAGACGAUCUCUGGAAUUCCUGUGGGCAUUUCGUUUUCGCAACCCGAGUGUACACUUAUGACAACAACAACAUCUAGCAUGCUAACAAGCACACUGUCGAGCUUAACUACUUCUUCAGCUUCUAUCACCUCCAGCUCCACCACAUCUACCAGCAUGACCGUCACCAGUCUGACGACAGCUUCCGACCCGACAACUUCCACUUCGUUAAUGACGACCAGUACACCGACUGCAUCGACCACUACUGAUACAACGGCCUCCGUUACUUCAACUGCUUCUAUCACUCCCACUCCCACCCCUACCUCAUCUGUAGAAAUGACUAGCACGAGUACCGCGCAAAAUUCUACUCCGACAACUUCCACUCCAUUUACGACGACAAUGACACCAUCCACGGCGACCUCCACUGCAACAACGACCAUUUCCCCGACAACGUCUACUCCGACCGCAACAUCAACUGAACCGCCAUGUUGAAUUACGUAGUUAGGAAAUGGUUGAUUUUCGUCAACAUUGUCCAUACUUUUAAACCCAAGUUUUUAGUUUUCCUUAUUUACUUUACCUCUUGUUUUACCGCAGUUUUCGCUAAUAUAAUCCAUUAACCGGAUAGUGUUUUCAAUUUUGCAGUUGACAAGACAUAGUUCAUGUGAAUAUAGUCGUUCAGAUUUCCAACCAGUCUUAUAGUUAAAUCAUGAGCCGUUUGGUAGCGCCUCAAAAACGUCAACAUAACGU